AUGAAUUCGAAAGACAGUGGGUUUUCAUCUGACAAGUAUCCAAAUUCAAAUAAACCACAAGCAAAACCCUAUGGUUCUUCAAAUUUUUUACCAGAAGGACUUAACAAACACGGAGCUUCUGGUGAUAUGGCAAAAGGUGCAAUAAACAAAGGUAUUUUAAAUUCGCAACUAAUGCCUGAAACUAAGAAUAAAAACAUCAUAAAUGGCAAUCGAGAUAUAUCUAAUGCUGUACUCCAGAGUGGUACUGCAGGUUCAGGUGGAAAUCCAAUUUUUAAAAUAGGUUGCACAACAAACUCGAGUGGUCAUGACGUAUUCUCUCAACCAUAUGCUAUAGCUGCCAAUCAACUUUCAAAUAAUCAACAGCCGAAUAGAAUAAGUUUAGCACACAUGAGACCUCUAUUGAGUACAGUUAGAUCGAAUCAAUCACAAUCACAUUACUGGUAUAAAGAUGGUAUAGCAAAUGAAAAAUUCUUCCAUAGCCAACAAUCAUAUGAUAAAUUAGAGAAAGUUGAAAAUUCUAAGAUUAUGCUACCUCCAGUGGGAAAUCAUGAUGGAUUUAGUAGGAGUCAGGAACCAUAUCUUAAUAACGAGUUAUCAUAUCAUGAUGCUAACAACUCUGACAGUUUCAAAAGUACCUCAUUAAUAGAAUAUCAAAGUCACUUUCCUUAUAAAAGAUUGAAUCAUGACCAUAUAAGAAAUUCCUCUCAAAUAACGAACCAGCUAGGAAGCCCAUAUGAGGCUUUCAGAAAAGAAUCUCAGUUUCCAGUAUUUGCAACAAAUCAAUGGACAGGAGCUAAUAUACCUAACAAUCAAAUCUCAUCAGCUAACCAUUCAAUUUAUAGUCAAACACAUCCCAAUGCUGAAGGGCUAAAUUCAGAAAAAUCCAUGAUCGAAAGUGUAAAUACAACUUCAAACAAUCAGCAUCCUAAUAGUGGCGCCAUUAACCAGAAUUACUUUCACCAAACCCAAGUACCUAAUUACCAAAAUAUGGAAUAUAGAAAUAGUUUAUCAAACGUGCCAUCUAUUAUUAACCGCCCUUUAGCCCUUUUUGGUCCGUCUGUUACAAGAAGUAAUGAAUUACAUCUACCAGAGCCAUCUUAUUAUCAUCAGAAUUUAACAGCUACUGAAAGGCUAAUUGAUAAUCAAAUGUUCGUACCUAACUCGCCUACUGUGCAUUUGAUGGGUAAUAAUAGAUUUGAAAAUGAUAAUAAUGAGAUAACAAAAUUAUACAAUCAAAAAAAGCAGCAAACGUCAAACAAAAAGGCUACAUAUGAGUGUUCUGUUUGUGGAAAAAGAGUUACUAGAGCUUAUUCCUUGCAUGCACAUAUGUUAAUUCAUACCAAAGUUAGACCAUAUAAGUGUGAUUGGGAAAAUUGUGGCAAAACCUUUAACGUCAAAAGCAAUUUGAAUAGACAUGUUAAGAUUCAUCUAAAGAAACAGAAAAACUCUAACAAGGGCUAG